AUGAAUAUGAACAUGAAUCAACAGCAGCAGCAACAACAACAGUACGGCGGGUACGCCUACUACGCACCUCCUCAGUACAACUACAAUGCCCAUGUGGCUUACAAUGGUCAACCUACUAGUACUGGUGCACAACAAGCAAACGUCAAUCAUCAAAAUAAUAAUGGCAAUGUCAUGAGUGGCUUUCAGGGAUUUGCGGGAAUGAUGGGAUUUGGAACCAUGGCAGCUCCUGGAAUGGAACAGCAGCCACAGCAACAACAACAACAUGUACCACAAGGAGCACCAAUUACCAAUCCCAUGAUGGACAUGAUGCAGCAGCAGCAACAUCCACAAGCAGCACCAGGUCCGGCCUAUGAAAUUAUAGAGCCAGGCGAUACGGAUGUUCUCAUGGGAAGAGGAGGCAAGAACAAUCAACAUGUUGGCAACGAACGUCUCCGUGACAUGGCCCGGGCCAUUCGCGACAAAUACAAGGCGUCGUCCAAGAAGGGAAAAUCCAAUCUCAGUCGAGACCUUGUCCAACAAGUACGAGAUUUACCGGGACGUUUUCUCAAACGAAAUCCCGUCACCAACGAAUGGGAAGAUGUCGGUGAUGAAAUUGCGCGUGAAAAGGUAUCACAGGUCUUGCGAGAUGCCGUCUCCGAAUGGACCGGCCCGAAAGCCGCCGCUGCGGCGGCCAAAAAAGAAGACGAAGAAAAACAACGCGCUCAAGCCAUUGCACUCGCCAAACUGGAACGAGAAGAAGAAGAAGCCGAAGAAAAAGCCAAGGCAGCAGCCGCUGCGAAAAACAAACCAAAAGCAGACAAGACGACAAAAACCGCCGCUAAGGAAAAAAAGUCGUCGCUCGCGUCCAUCAAUUUGCCACCUCCACCCUCCGAAAUUCCACCAGCAAACAAGACUCCGGCUCCCAUGGCGCCCCCAGCCGUUCCAAAAAAAGUGGCACCUGUUUCCCAAUUUACAACCGCUCCAGCUCCCAUUGCCCACGUUGUAACCCAACCAAUCGCCGACGAACCCAUUAUCCCACCAGAUCUGGCUCUUACAGACGAUUUCGAUGAUUUUCCCCCUGGUCCUGAAAUGUCAGACGAGUCUUUCCCUGCCAUGCCGGACGAGUCCUUGACGGGCGGUGGUCGAGAUCGAUUUUUGUCGGACAUGUCCUUUAACGAUCCGACUGCCAUUUUGGAGAGCCCAACCAAUAAUACUCUCGAAAACAACAACGACGAUGAUGGUGAUCGCAAACCACGGGCUCGAUUGGAUUCGGAUGAUUCCACCGAAGCAGCGGCACCGUCUCGUCGUCGUCCACGAUUGGGUACCGAUGAUUCCACGGAUGAUCUGGCAGUAGUCGAUCCGACAAACCAGGAUGCGGCUGCUGCUGCGAAUAACGACCAACACAAGCAUCGAGGGUCUCACAAGGUCCCUGUCGCCACGGUUCCAUGGAAUCGGAACAAACGAAAAACCAAUCUGUUGGAUCGGUAUGCCUGUAUGGGAAUCUCCUCGUCCGACAUGUCCAUUACGUCCAUGGGAUCCCAACUCAGCAGUCGUAGUCUCAUGGGAAGUCAACUCAGCAGUCGUCAAUUGAUGAGUUCUGGGACGCGACAAAUGAGUAGUCGACAACUCAGUCAGCGACAACUCAGUCAGAGGCAGCUCAGUUCCAGGCAAUUGAGUUCACGACAAUUGAGUUCUCGUCAACUCAGUUCCAGGCAGUUGAGUUCACGACAAUUGUCCAAUCGACAACUCAGCUCGCGACAACUCAGUGGACGUCAUUUAAUGUCGGUGGAACAGCGGAAAUCCAAAUUCGCCAUGAUGGGAGAAUCCGAUCUAUCGUUGGAUGCGCUUUCCAUUACGGACGACAUGACACCUACCAAUGGCAGGUCGCCGUCGCGCAAAAAUAUUUUUAUGGAGCAGUACAUGGCCAUGGACAUGGGCCUGUCCGAUUUCUCGCUGGGAUCCACCAUGGCGACCGAACCGAUGGAAGGGUUUCAUCGUCCGGGCAUUAUCAUCGAAGGCAUCGACGAAGAGUUGAGUGAAUAUGGUGGAAGCAGUCAUCACAUGAAACUGAGCAAACACGGCGGCAGCAGUCGGUUCCCCGAAGCAUACGACUCCGCGGGCGUGGGAACCUCCAUGUCCAACAUGACCAUCAACACCAUUGGUACCUUUUCGGGACAUUCUCGUAGAGGUCUCUUUGCCGGUACGGGAAACUCUAUGCGCAUGGAAUCGGGACACUCCUUCAUGACCAUGACGGACUUGCAGCUGGAAAUGCUGGACGAUGAGCUCUUUGAUGAAUUCGCGUCCGACGACAUUGGCGGAGCUGAUGAAUUUGGCGGUUCGCUGGAUGAGGAAGAUGAAUUCGGUGGAGAGGAAUUCUCCACUGAAUUUUGCUAA